AUUCCUCAACACAUCGUGGUCAUGGUCAACGAGUCUGCCGUCGUGGCCCCGCGGGGAAUUGUCGAAACUUCCGUGGAAAAGACGCUCGCCGGGGACUUUACCCUUGCAAAGAAGCUCGGGAUCGACCUCGUAGCGGCAUGCACGGCGUCGUUGUUUGUGUCGCCCAUUAUCACCACGAUCGACCGCGCCAUCAUGGAGAAUGCCAGCGGGAAGCGAGUGUUGGCGCAAGGUCUUCGGGAGAUUUCCCACGACUUUGUGCGCAACCCCCUGGCGUUCAUCAAGCGAAAAGACUUCCUCCUCAUCUACGGCCUGUACAUUGCCACGUACGGCACGGCCAACACCAUCGACACCAUCAGCGAAUUCGCUGGGACCGACAGCGGCAUGCCAAAGUUGAUCGGUACCACCGCCGUGAAUGUCACGCUGUGCGUCGCAAAAGACCGCGAGUUUGCCCGCAUGUUUGGCGUCAUCGCCCCCACCAAGUUCCCCCUCGCGUCCCUCGGUCUCUUUGCCAUGCGGGAUGCGCUGUCUGUGGGCGCGACCUUUAUCGCCCCGCCCGUCAUUGCAAAGUACUUUGAAAAGGCGGGUAUGGACAAGACAACGGCCAGUUCCUCGGCGCUGCUGCUGUGCCCGUCCUUGGCACAAUUGGUGUCCACGCCGCUGCAUCUGUUGAGCUUGGACAUUUACAACCACAGAUCACAACCCAUGAAGAAUCGUGUGUCGUUCAUCUCGCGGGAAUACAUUCGAUCGGCCACUGCGCGCAUCAGUCGCACAAUUCCUGCGUUUGGCUUGGGGGGGAUUGGCAACAAACACUUGCGGGAAGAAUUGAACGCGAAGCUGCUGCUCCAUUCAUCCUAGGUACCGUAGCUAGCUAGCACUCUAAAUAUAUGAAAUCACCUUUCAACACAA